UAUAUACGAGCACAAUAAUUCAGCCCUGAAAGUCUCUCUGAAUUAAGCUCAAACAAAGUGAGAGAAAAAGAAAAUCAAGAGCCAAGUAAAAAAGAAUGGUUUCAACGAGAAGGAGUGGAUCUCUUUCUGCUAACAAUAACAGCAAGAGAUCUUCCUCCUCAGAUGACAAUAAUAACAAUAACAGCAAGAGAUCUUCUUCCUCAGAGGAUAAUAAUAAGCCACCAUCACCUAAACGUCAAAAGGGAGAGAAUGGUGGAGUUACGGAGAAACCGAUGCCGACGACAGAUAAUUCUAAGGAAUCGAGUCCACCGGAGGAGGAGGAUCCCGACGACGGUGGACCUGGAGAUGCUCCGACUACUGGUGGUGGUGGUAGAGGCGCUUUGAUUUCGGGGAAAGGUCAAGAAACGGCCACGCCGGCGGUGGCUGUUGUGACGCCGAUCGCUGAAGGUUCUACUCCGGUUGUACUGGAGAAACCGCGGAGUUCGUUAUCGACUUGGAAUUUAUAUCAAAAGCAGAAUUCAAGUUUCGAAACGCCUUGGUGUAAGCUGCUGACACAGUCUGCUCAGAAUCAGAAUAUAGUAAUUUGCACGUCCAGUUAUUCGAUUGGUACGACUAAACAAUGCGAUUUCAUAUUGAAGGAUCACGCAAUGGGCGGGAUUCAAUGCAAGAUUAGACACACACAGCGCGAAGGAAGUGCUGUUGCUGAGCUAGAAAGCUCGGGGAGCAAGGGAUCAGUGCAAGUAAAUGGGACAGCUGUCAAAAAGGGUGCUAUCUAUGUGCUUAAUUCAGGAGAUGAGGUGGUCUUUGGUGCGGUGGGGAACCAUGCCUAUAUUUUUCAGCAACUCCUGACUGAGGUUGCGGUUAAGAGUGCUGAAGUUCAUAGUAGCCUGGGGAAACUUUUGCAACUCGAAAGGAGGUCAGGGGAUCCAUCGGCUGUUGCUGGGGCGUCAAUAUUGGCGUCUCUUUCAAGCCUCAGGCCUGAUUUAUCGCGCUGGAAGUCUCCAGGACAGACUGCCAGUAAAAUGCACCAUGGGACAGAGGUGCCUGCUCAGUCAGUUGUUCAUGGUGGUGCGGAGGUUGAGCUUGAUGGCAUGGAAGGCAAUUCAACUCCAAAUUUAGGGAGUGAUAAAGCUGCAGAGGUUGGAGCGAUCAACCAGAAUCUUCCUCACGAUUGCAGCCAGGACUCUGGCACAGAGGCAGGCAAUGUAAAAAUCUCUGGGAUGAAUGAUUUGAUAAGGCCUUUCUUCAGGAUGUUAGCUCGAUCAUCUAGUUGUAAACAAAAAUUGAGCAAAAAUAUCUGUAAACAGGUAUUGGAAGAAAGGAACGAGUGGCUGAAGGAUUCGCAGCUGGCAUCGACCUCGGGUAUGUCAUUGCGGUGUGCGGUAUUCAAAGAAGACCUUCAUGCUGGAAUUCUCAAUGGAAAAAACAUAGAAGUUUCGUUCGAUAAUUUCCCAUACUACUUAAGUGAGAAUACAAAAAAUGUGCUGAUUGCAGCUUCAUUUAUACACCUGAUGCACAAAAAAUAUGCAAAAUAUACCUCAGAACUAACUACAGUCAAUCCGCGUAUUCUGCUUUCUGGCCCCGCAGGUUCUGAGAUAUACCAGGAGAUGUUGGCAAAGGCUCUUGCCAAUUACUUUGGCGCUAAAUUGCUUGUGUUUGAUAGUCAUUCAUUUUUGGGUGGUUUGUCUUCCAAGGAAGCUGAGCUUUUGAAGGAUGGAACUAAUGCAGAAAAAUCCUGCACUUGUUCUAAACAAGUUCCUGUGACAACAGACCCAUCAAAGAGUGUGAAUAUAUCAGCUGGUGAAACAGACACACCUAACUCUUCAAACGCACCUGCUAGCCAGGAAUUGUUUGAGAUGGAAGACACCCUGCCUUCUUCUUCCGGUCCAGGGGCAGCGAGGAAUCGCUUGUUUAAAAUAGGUGACAGAGUGAAAUUUACAAGCUCAUCUUCUAGUGUCUUGUAUCAAACAGCAUCACCAUCAAGGGGCCCGCCCUAUGGGAUUCGUGGGAAGGUUGUUUUGCCUUUUGAGGACAAUCCUUUGUCAAAAAUCGGUGUGAGAUUUGAUAAACCAAUACCUGAUGGUGUCGAUCUUGGAGAUGUUUGUGAGAAAGGUCAUGGAUAUUUCUGUAAUGUUACUGAUCUUCGUUUGGAGAACACAGCUGUUGAAGAUUUGGACAAAUUACUCAUUAACACAUUGUUUGAGGCUGUACACAGCGAGAGCAGAAAUUCUCCUUUCAUUUUGUAUAUGAAAGAUGCAGAGAAAUCUAUUGUAGGCAAUUCGGAUUCAUAUUCUACAUUCAAAAGCAGACUCGAAAAGCUUCCUGAUAAUGUGGUAGUAAUUGGUUCUCACACACAAAAUGACAAUCGGAAAGAGAAGUCACAUCCUGGUGGUCUUCUUUUCACAAAAUUUGGCAGCAAUCAAACUGCUCUUCUUGACUUGGCUUUUCCGGAUAGUUUUGGAAGACUUGGUGAAAGGGGGAAGGAAGUGCCAAAGGCAACGAAGCUUCUGACUAAGCUCUUUCCAAAUAAAGUAGCUAUUCAUAUGCCACAGGAUGAAACGCUUCUAGCAUCUUGGAAGCAUCAGUUGGAUCAAGAUGCUGAAACUCUUAAAAUGAAGGGGAACCUAAAUAACCUUCGCACUGUUUUGGGCCGGUGUGGGAUGGAAUGUGAAGGACUUGAGACAUUAUGCAUCAAGGAUCAAACAAUCACAAAUGAAAGUGCAGAGAAGGUAGUUGGUUGGGCACUGAGUCAUCAUCUAAUGCAGAAUUCAGCUAAUGCUGAUGCUGAUGUGAAGCUUGUUUUGUCCAGCGAGAGCAUCCAAUAUGGGAUUGGAAUCUUGCAGGCCAUCCAGAAUGAAUCUAAAAGCUUGAAGAAGUCACUCAAGGAUGUCAUGACAGAAAAUGAAUUUGAGAAAAGGCUUUUAGCUGAUGUUAUUCCACCUAAUGACAUUGGAGUGACAUUUGAUGAUAUUGGAGCUCUUGAGAAUGUCAAGGACACCUUGAAAGAGUUGGUGAUGCUUCCUUUACAAAGGCCGGAACUUUUCUGCAAGGGGCAAUUAACCAAGCCUUGCAAGGGCAUACUUUUAUUUGGACCUCCUGGAACUGGAAAGACUAUGCUAGCUAAGGCAGUGGCAACUGAAGCUGGUGCUAAUUUCAUCAACAUUUCAAUGUCCAGCAUCACGUCUAAGUGGUUUGGUGAGGGUGAAAAGUAUGUCAAAGCUGUAUUCUCGCUAGCCAGUAAAAUUUCCCCUAGUGUUGUCUUUGUUGACGAGGUUGACAGCAUGUUGGGCAGGAGGGAAAAUCCUGGAGAGCAUGAGGCCAUGCGGAAGAUGAAAAAUGAAUUUAUGGUGAAUUGGGAUGGUCUACGAACAAAAGAUACAGAACGAGUUCUUGUACUUGCAGCUACUAAUAGGCCUUUUGACCUUGAUGAGGCUGUCAUUAGAAGGCUGCCACGAAGAUUGAUGGUAAAUCUGCCUGAUGCUCCAAAUAGAGCCAAGAUACUGAAAGUCAUUUUGGCAAAGGAAGAUUUGUCUCCUGAUAUUGAUUUUGAUGCAAUUGCCAGCAUGACCGAUGGAUAUUCUGGAAGUGACCUUAAGAACCUAUGUGUAGCUGCUGCUCACAGACCAAUUAAAGAGAUAUUGGAAAAGGAAAAGAAGGAACAGGCUGCAGCUCUAGCAGAAGGUAAGCCUGCCCCCGCUUUAAGUGGGAGUGCUGAUAUCCGGCCCCUAAACAUGGUCGACUUUAAAGAUGCUCAUGAACAGGUAUGUGCAAGUGUUUCAUCUGAGUCAGUAAACAUGACUGAGCUCUUGCAAUGGAAUGAACUGUAUGGAGAAGGUGGUUCUAGAAGAAAGAAGGCUCUUAGCUAUUUUAUGUAAAUUUUCCCUUGUGCAACAGCUUCAUAUUUUCGUACAAAUCUCCCAUUCCUAAGUAAUUUUGCCGGUCUCAAUUAGGGCUUGUCGAGCAGCCAUUUUGUCUGUAAGGUGAAAUAUAGGCUUUUCUAAAUCAUGUUUAUUUUCUAAUCUCAACUGUGGGGAUGGUUGGUAUAAAGGGCGUGAAGCUUUUGUUUUGUUCUCAGUCCCCUUUGUAUUGCAUUAACAUUUAUUGUUGAUCUUAAGCUUAUUAACAUCUGAAAUAGAGAAGAGAGUAGAGAAACUGAAGACCUGUCAAUAUAGUGUAUCGUUAACUAUAGUGAAUUAUUUAUGGUGUCUUGAUUGAACAGUCAAGGUAAGAGGAGUAUUUGCCUUUUCUUC